AAUCCCCUUGCGAUGUGUCUGCUGACCCACGCCACACUCCAUGCAGAUGCAGACACCCUAAACCCCCUUAUAAAAUCCCACCAUUCCACUCCCACAUUCCUCACUACUCAUCUCUCUCUCUCUCCCCUAAUCAACAAUGGCGUCCAAGUUUCUUCUCGCUCUCUCUCUAUCCCUCCUAGUUUCAGCUGCGCUUGGAGAUAGACAAUAUGCACCGAGAGAAACCAUGGCCGGCCGGCCCCUCCGCUUGAGCCGCCCCCAGCAAUGCCGCAUCCAGCGUAUCUCCGCCGUCCAGCCCCGCAACCAGAUCCAGUCCGAGGGCGGCUUCACCGAGCUCUGGGACGAGUUCGAGGAUCAGUUCCAAUGCGCCGGCGUCGUCGCCAUGAGGAACACUCUCCGCCCCAACGCCCUCUCCUUGCCCAACUACCACCCUAACCCCCGCCUCAUCUACAUCGAGAGAGGUCAGGGAUUCAUCGGCGUCAUCUUCCCCGGCUGCGCCGAGACAUACCAAGCCCGCGGCGGCCAACAGGAAGCCCAGCGCGAAGGAGACGAGAGAGACUUGCACCAGAAGAUACACCGCAUCCGCCGCGGCGACGUCAUCGCACUCCCCCCAGGCGCAGUCCACUGGUGCCACAACGACGGCAGCGAGGACUUGAUCGCCGUCUCCAUCAACGAUCUCAACCACCAAAGCAACCAGCUCGACCAGAAAUUCAGAGCAUUCUACCUGGCCGGGUCAGCGCCGCAAAGAGGCAAGGGCGGCGAGGAGUCGACGUUCCACAACAUUUUCCAAGCAUUCGACGCGGAGCUGAUGGCGGAGGCCUUCAACGUGUCCCCCGACCUCAUCAGGCGGAUGCAGGCGACGGAGGAGGAGAGAGGGCUGAGCGUCAUCGCCCGCGAGAGCAUGAGCUACAUCCGCCCCGACGAAUACCAACGCAGGGAAUCUUCUAGACCCUACAACAACGGCUUCGAGGAAACCUUCUGCGCGAUGAAGAUCCGCACCAACAUCGAAAACGCAAAGGACGCCGACAUCUACUCAAGGGAGGCCGGAAAGCUCAACGUCGCCGACAGGCACAAGCUCCCCAUCCUCAGCUACCUCGACAUGAGCGCCGAGAAAGGCUCUCUCUUCGCGAAUGCGAUGCUGAGCCCCCACUGGGCAAUGGAAGGGCACACGAUCGUGUACGUGACCCGGGGCGAGGCGCAGGUUGAAGUGGUGGACCACAGCGGGCAGGCGAUGAUGAAGGAGCGGGUGAGCCAGGGAGACAUGUUCGUGGUGCCGCAGUUCUACACGUCCACGGCCAAGGCCGGGAACCAGGGAUUCGAGUGGGUGGCCUUCAAGACCAGCGGCAACCCCAUGCGCAACGACAUGGCCGGCUACACGUCCGCGCUCAGGGGAAUGCCACUGCAGGUUCUCACCAACGCCUACCAGAUGUCGCCCUCCGAGGCGCAGGCCAUCAAGACCAACCGCGGCAGCCAGACCUUCUUGCUCUCUCCCGCCCGCCGUGCCGGCAAGCCCUAUUGAGCUCCGCUACCUGCUUUCUUUCUUUUAAUUUGUGUAUGUAAGAAGAAAAACCCUAGUUUUUCAGGGCUCAAUGUAAUAAUCUUCAACUGCUGAGUCAACUCCUAAUAAUAAGAGCGGC